AUGAAGAGGAAAUCCGCCUACUUCUGGCUUUUUACAUCCGUUUCUGCCCUUGCGCAGUUACAAACAUUCGUGCCUCCCGGGCAAAAUGGAAUCACCUAUAGCGUCAAUAUACCCCAGGCCACCGCGUCCUCCGGCUCCGGGCCGAUUUUUUUCCAACUGAAGUCCACAAGCGAGCUUCAGUGGUUUGCUUGGGGCCAGGGCUCUAUAAUGCAAGGAGCCAAUAUCUUUGUUGUCUAUGCAUCUAGCGACGGCAAUAAUGUUACUGUCUCCCCGCGACUGGGCGUAGAGCAUGUUAUGCCACUACAUAACCCCGAAGCUCAACUAUCAGUCUUGAAUGGCAGCGGGAUCAGUAAUGGAAUUAUGACCGCAAAUAUCCGAUGCGAUAGCUGUAUCACCUGGCCCGGUGGAAGUGAAGACCUGAGCAGCUCGUCGAGUCCAUGGCUUUGGGCAGUGAAAUAUGGGAGCCCCCUCGACACGAACAGCUUAACUGCAUCUAUUAACAUACACGAUGUCCAGGGAGUUGCAGCUAUAGACCUUCAACAAGCAACCGGUGGCACAUCCAAUAACCCGUUCACAACCUCGGCCAAUACGACUUCCUCUAGUUCAUCGCAUGCGAUUUCGACUGUUAGCAGUGGGAACAUCUAUAUCCCACCAUUCGAUCACCAUGACAUCUGGCGAGGUGCGGGGACUCUGGUUGAUGAAAUCAUUAAGCAGUUACCUCCAAGGCACUACAGCAAAACCAAUACCUGUUGUUCAUUCCCGGCAGAUGCAAUCGUUUGCAGCGUUGGCGGUGGUGGUCUUCUGAACGGUAUUAUCGACGGCCUUGAGAGGCAUUUGCCAGCCUAUCAACCGACAACGCUUCCCAAGAAAGUGGCGAAGAAAGUUCGAGUUCUCGCUGUUGAAACAGCUGGGGCGGACUCGUUGGCGCAUUCGCUACGCAAGGGCUCUUUGCAACCUCUACCUGCGAUUACAUCGCAGGCAAUCACCCUGGGGGCACUAUGCGUGGCACAGCAGACGCUGAAAAACGUGCAAUCCCCCCCGCCCGGUAUCGAAGUCACUAGUAUUGUAGGUACCGACGCUGAUGCUGCGAUGGGAGUUGUGCGGUUGUGUGAUGAGCUGCGGUUGGAGGUCGAGCUGGCUUGCGGAAUAAGUGUCCAAGUUGGGUUGGAUAGGAUAAAGUAUGUCAUGACAGACCUAACACCGGAUAGUCGAGUUGUGAUCAUUGUUUGCGGAGGAAGCGAUAUUACUUCUGAAAUGGUUACGGAUUAUCGCCAGAAGCUUGAGAAUGGUUGGCAAUGA